UCUCAGAAUUAGGUUUCAGGUCAGCUGGUGCAUGAGGCCAGUGCCGAGCCAGAGGCAGCAGAGACAACAGUCGAUGGUGAGGAGGGGCCAUCAGAUCCUGCUGCUACCUAAUGGAAUGGGGCCUUAGGGUGCCCCUACACUACCCAACCUUGGCUAGGUUCACAGCUUCCUCCCUGAACAGAGGCAAAGGACUGCCAGACAACCUCUCUCCCUGGACCUCAGUAGGAACCAGGCCCAUCCUCCAGGAUCAUGGUUGGACUUCAGCCAUCCGAGGUGCCUCCCACAACGGUUGUGAAGUUCCUGGGGGCGGGCACAGCGGCCUGUUUUGCUGACCUCCUCACCUUCCCCCUGGACACCGCCAAGGUCCGCCUGCAGAUCCAAGGGGAGAACCCAGGGGCACAGAGCGUGCAGUACCGCGGCGUGCUGGGUACCAUCCUGACUAUGGUGCGCACAGAGGGUCCCCGCAGCCCCUACAGCGGACUGGUCGCUGGCCUGCAUCGCCAGAUGAGCUUUGCCUCCAUUCGAAUUGGCCUCUACGACUCUGUCAAGCAGUUCUACACCCCCAAGGGAGCGGACCACUCCAGCGUUGCCAUCAGGAUUCUGGCAGGCUGCACCACAGGAGCCAUGGCUGUGACCUGCGCCCAGCCCACGGAUGUGGUAAAGGUCCGAUUUCAAGCUAUGAUACGUCUGGGAACUGGAGGAGAGAGGAAAUACAGAGGGACUAUGGAUGCCUACAGAACCAUCGCCAGAGAGGAAGGAGUCAGGGGCCUAUGGAAAGGGACUUGGCCCAACAUCACAAGAAAUGCCAUUGUCAACUGUGCUGAGAUGGUGACCUAUGACAUCAUCAAGGAGAAGCUGCUGGACUCUCACCUGUUCACUGACAACUUCCCCUGUCACUUUGUCUCUGCCUUUGGAGCUGGCUUCUGUGCCACAGUGGUGGCCUCCCCGGUGGACGUGGUAAAGACCCGAUACAUGAACGCUCCCCCAGGCAGGUACCGCAGCCCUCUACACUGUAUGCUGAAGAUGGUGGCCCAGGAGGGCCCCACGGCCUUCUACAAAGGAUUUGUGCCCUCCUUUCUGCGUCUGGGAGCUUGGAAUGUGAUGAUGUUUGUAACCUACGAGCAGCUGAAGCGGGCCUUGAUGAAAGUCCAGGUACUGCGGGAAUCUCCAUUUUGAACAAGGCCAGCAGGCUGCCUGAGCUGGAAUGAAGCCUCUCUGCCCUGGGGACGCAGGCCCACACACAUGACAGAACCCUGCACCGUUGCUGACUUGAGAAACUGAACUAAGGGAGGAGGAGAGUUUUGGUCUUCCAUGUUUCAUCUUAAAAUACCUUUGUUUUGCACUGACCUGAUGGGAAAUAAAUUAUAUUAAUUUUUAAAACCCUUCCGGUUGGAUGCCUAACAUUUAGGCAAGAGACAACAAAGAAAACCAGAGUCAAUUCCCUUGAAAUGUAGGAUUAAACGAUGCACAAUAAUCAGGUAAGACCACAGGCAUCGGGAAGAUCAGCCCACUGUGUCGUGUCUUGAAUCAAACAAAAUGGCCGGAGGGACUCUUCAGCUUCAGCACAAAGCUGUGACUGCAACCUUCCCAGUCACCAGAUGACUCAGCACAAAGCUGUGACUGCAGCAUUGACCCUGUACAAAUGAGUCGUGCUGGGCCCACGGAGGACACUGGAGGAUGGAGUGCAUUCAGUGGAUAACAGUCUUUCCCUGUCUGCCUGAUCAGGGUGUUGGGAAGAUAGAAAGCGAAGCAGGCAUGGAAGCGUUUCUAACAAGGCCUGGUGACUACAAAUGUAAACAUGAGAACAAUGUUUUAGGAGAGAUUCUGUCCAGAGAAGUUUGAAGAGAAUGCAGUUUGUAGUGGUGAGGUCUUGCACACCUACCUGGUCUGCACGGUAAGGACCAUGGGUGACUGAAGCCAUGGGGACCUUCGGCCUGGUAACAUCCAGGGCCUGGGGGGUGGGGCACUGCCUGUCCAUCAGUUCAAUGUAGCAGGACUCAGAAUCUUUAGGGAAUUUGUUAGAACUCAGUAAAAUAAUUUUCACCUUAAGGGCAAGAAUGAGAACAGCUGCUCUUCUGCCUUCUCUCUCAGAGAUUUUCUCAUCUCAGGAACCCUCAUGUCAGGCCCCUGACCAGCUCCACCUGCCCACACUUCCUCUUGCUCUCGCUGCCUUUGGCUGCAGAGCCUUCGUUCCACCUGCUAAGCCUUAGCCUUCCAUCUGCAAAAGGGAGGGCGAAGCACAGGACCAACUUCCAGGUUCAAGACUGCACGGCCGUCAACGAAAUGGCUCAUGGGACCCACAUGGGUAAGGACAGAACGGGGGGACUCUUACAAAUUGUCCUUUGACUUCCAUUUGAGCGCACUAUACAUGUGACUGUACAUAUGUAUAAACACAAUAAAGAUGGAAACAAAUGUAAAAAAAAAAAAAGAUAAAAAGUUUGACUGAAUGUGGUGGUUUGAACGAGAUGUCCCCCGCAUGUCUCAGGUAUUUGAAUACUUGGCCCUCAGUCAUUGGUGGCUGUUUGGGGAGCCUUAGAAGUUGUGGCUUUUUGGGAAGAAGUGUGUCACUGGGGACUGGCUUGGAGAGUCCAAAGAUUCACGGCACUCCCAGUUUUGAGAUGUGAGUUCUUAUUGGCUGCUCCGGUCGCCACGCCUGUCUGCCAUGCCUGUCUGCUGCCUGGCCUCCUCACCACAAUGGACACUUAUCCCUCUGUAACAGUAAACCCCAAAUAAACCUUCCUUCUGUAA